AUGGGCUUCAACGUGCCCCUCAUCAACCGCGACUCGGAUCUGCUCAAGCAGGAGGCCAAGAAGUGGCUUGAGCAGCAAGACAACCAGAAGAAAUGCGUUCUCGUGAUAGUCUCGAUCGCUCUCCUCCUCGACAACAUGCUCUACAUGGUGAUCGUGCCGAUUAUCCCCAAGUACCUCAGAGAUAUCCACAACUAUCAAGUGUCGUUCGAAGGAUAUCACAAUGAAACGCAUCGACUGGCCAACGGAACCUACUUGGUGAGGGAAGUGGGCGGACGGAUAGAGUACCUGGACGAAGAACUUGAACUCGGAUGGUUGUUCGCCUCGAAGGCGCUUCUCCAGAUCUUCGUUAACCCGUUCUCCGGAUACAUAAUCGACCGUGUCGGCUACGAAAUCCCAAUGAUCCUCGGAUUGUGCACCAUGUUCUUCUCCACAGCCAUCUUUGCUCUCGGGAAGAGCUACGGAGUGUUGCUGUUCGCCAGAUCCCUACAGGUGAGUAUGGGACUGAAAAACACGGGUUGCCACGUCAUAAAAUCUAGUUCUCAGUAGCAGAAGGUUAUCUGAAAGGUGUUAGCAUAGACGUAAAUUCUGCUUUCCUAACUUUCCUCCCUCCUGCUCUUUUUCCUUUUCCUUUCCUAACCACUUCCAAAAUGAAGACGAACAAUUCAAUUUGGUUGCAUCUCUCCACCGCCUUUUCUUCGCAAUUCCCUCGAAGUGAGAGCCCUCCGAUCCUCCCGGUGGUUGUAUAUUUCGACUUGGAAUCGCGCAAAAAAGCAGGAAAACGAAUAGGAGGAGCCGCGGGAAAGGAAGGAAGGAUUUCUGAAAUGAUCUGCGUCUCUCUGUCCCGCACGCACUAUCCUGGCCCCAGUACACGCCAUCUUCGUGCUAAUUAACUUCGGGCAACAAGCAGAAGCUCUGCCAAGAGGAAGAGCCUCGGCGACGACGACAAAACACAGAAAAUAGAUGGUCCCGGGUGAUAAGUGCCCGACUCGGCCCCGUUUUCGUGUCCCUGGGGUCAUAGGAGGGUGCUCGCGCCGACAAAUUGGCAAGACUUUUGGGCUUUUGAGCUGUACUGGAACAGAAAAGAAACUCAUGACGUGGAAAUAAUGUUGACUGUUCAGGGAUUCGGUUCGGCCUUUGCUGACACCUCUGGACUCGCCAUGAUUGCUGACCGUUUCACUGAGGAGAAUGAGAGAUCGGCUGCUCUCGGAAUCGCCCUCGCCUUCAUCUCGUUCGGAUGUCUCGUUGCCCCUCCGUUCGGAUCCGUCCUCUACUCAAUCGCUGGAAAACCGGUCCCAUUCCUUAUUCUUUCGUUCGUCUGUCUCGCUGAUGCUAUCGCCGUUUUCAUGGUUAUCAAUCCACACCGUAGAGGAACCGACGCACAAGGAGAAAAAGUGCAAGGUACUCCAUCAUCACCGUAUUCCAUCCUCACCAUUCAUUCUUCCAGGAACCCCAAUGUGGCGUCUGUUUAUGGAUCCGUUUAUCGCUUGCUGCUCCGGAGCUCUCAUUAUGGCCAACGUCUCGUUGGCUUUCCUCGAGCCGACCAUCACCACGUGGAUGUCCGAAGUGAUGCCAGAGACCCCCGGAUGGCUCGUCGGAGUCAUCUGGCUUCCGCCCUUCUUCCCACACGUGCUUGGAGUUUAUUGCACUGUCAAACUGCUGAAGAAGUUCCCCGGACAGACGUGGUCCAUCGCAAUGGUCGGACUCGCAAUGGAAGGAAUCGCGUGCUUUGCCAUUCCGUACACCUCCUCCGUCAUGCAACUCGUCAUCCCUCUCUCGUUCGUCUGCUUCGGAAUCGCCCUCAUCGACACGUCCCUCCUCCCCAUGCUCGGUCAUCUCGUCGACACUCGCCACGUGUCCGUCUACGGAUCUGUCUACGCCAUCGCCGAUAUCUCCUAUUCUCUCGCCUACGCCUUCGGACCAAUCAUCGCCGGAUGGAUCGUGACCAACUGGGGAUUCACCGCUCUCAACAUCAUCAUCUUCGUCACGAACGUCUGCUACGCGCCUGUUCUCAUUCUCCUCCGCAAAGUUCAUUCCUACGACUCCCUAGGAGGUGCUCCGGGAGCUGCUCAGAACGGAGAAAUGACCCAAUUGAAUAACACACCCGGAUAUGGACAAGUCGGAAAGACGAACGACACUCAGACGACGGCCUUCAAUGAUUCCUACCAGGGCUGGGAGGAUCAACAGUCGUACCAGAACCAAGCGACGGUCCCGAAUCACGCGGUCACAUUCCAAGAUGCUAGACCGCAAGCAGAGUUUCCUGCCGGAUACGAUCCCUUGAACCCGCAGUGGUAG